CCCCUGCCUAGCUUGUUCAAUGACGAUUUUAGUUGAGGGAAAUCUCAGAUUCGGAGUAGCACUAUUUUUGCAUACGAGUUUUAUGAAGUUUUAUCUGGUUUUACUUUAAUUUUUGAUGGUUUUGAAUCAUUUUGGGAGGUUUUGUAAGUACAACUUUCCACUUUUGUGUAGUUUUUGGGAAGUAAUUUCCUGUGACUGUGUGUGUAUUCGUGGAUAUGUUGUCGCGCAUUCGGUGAGGGUACAACAAAGUACCACGGAGUUCAUGUAGAGCCUGACGAUAUUUCCUGAAGUUUUAGAGAGAAAUAACCUGAGAUGACUGCAGCUGCCGCCCGUGGAAAGACAACACGGACCCGCUCCCACGCCACGAGCAACAAAGAAGCUCCAAAACCCGGACACAUUUUUUAGAAACUAGCUGGAAUUUUCUGUUUACUACAUGGAUUUUGUGGGAAACGAAGCACGCGCCAGAACGGAAUGGGAAUUGUAAAUAAGCCAAACAAAGGACACCUCCGUUGGACUUGACCCCGAGAAAAGGAAACAAUAUUUUUGAGAAAUGGAGGAAAGCUCGCGGAGGACAAAGGUCUUAUUUUUCUCCAGCUUGUAAGGCGAACUCCCUUCCAGCACACUGCUGUUGUUCUGUCGUCGUCAAUGCCGUAGUGGUUUUGGUGGUCUUUCGUGAGUAUGAGGCUGCGGUCGUUGGUGUUUUCGCCGCCGCCGCCGCCGCCGCUGCUGCUGCUGCUGCUGCUGCUGCUGGCGGCUGUCUGCUGCCGCUCCACGCCGCCGCCCGCCUGCAAAUCCUCCGACGAACGCCCCAAAAGCGGUGGGAAAAGCCUAACAUCCGACAUAAGGGUGGUCUGCAGCAACAUGGAGCUCAAUCAGGUGUUGCCCCCGGACUCCUACCCAAACAGAACCGUCACUCUAAUUUUAAACAACAACAAGAUUCAAGAACUCAGAAAGGAUUCCUUCAUUGGAUUGUCAUUUUUGGAAAAACUUGAUCUGCGGAGUAACCUGAUUAGCCAUAUUGAUCCAGGUGCUUUUCUGGGCUUGUCAUCACUUAAAAAGCUAGAUUUGUCCAACAACAACAUUGGCUGUCUUAAUGCAGACAUUUUCAAGGGCCUCGCUAAUCUUAUCCGACUAAACCUAGCAGGAAACAAGUUCUCCUCAAUUUCUCCUGGAACUUUUGAUAACUUGGAGUCUCUAAAGUCUUUGGAGUUUCAGACUCCUUACCUGCUGUGUGACUGCAACCUUCUAUGGCUGCUGCGCUGGAUCAAGGACCGGAACAUUUCUGUGAAGAACACCAAGUGCUCCUACCCGCAGUCCCUCCAGGGACAGCUCGUCACCUCCGUGGGGCCGGGCCUGUUCACCUGCGAUGCUCCCCUGGAGCUGCCCUCCUUCCAGCUGACUCCAUCCCAGCGGCAGGUGGUUUUUCAGGGGGACAGUCUGCCCUUCCAGUGCCAGGCCUCCCGUGUUUCCAAGGACAUGCAAGUGCUGUGGUAUCAGAACGGCCGCAUGGUCAAGCCUAACGCCGCUCAAGGAAUCUUCAUCGAAACCCCCGUGGUGGAGAACUGCUCCCUGAUUGCUAGCGCGCUGACCAUCUCCAACAUUCAGCCUGGUUUCAAUGGGAGCUGGGAGUGCCGGGUGUGGACGAGCAGGGGCAACACCACCCGCACCGUCCACAUUGUGGUGCUGCCCAGUUCUGCCAAGUACUGCGCUCCUGACCGGGUUUCCAACAACAGGGGAGAGUUCAGGUGGCCCCGCACGCUGGCAGGAAUCAGGGUGGAACUCCCCUGUAACAGACUGCGCUCGAGCGCAGGCGCCCCCCUGGGAAGCUCCGGUAAAGAUCGACAGGCGUGGCGCUACUGCAGCCAGGAGGGUCACUGGACAGAGGAAGACUACUCCCAGUGCCAGUUUCAGAAAGAGACCACCAGAUUUCUCUCUGUCAUCAAUCAGAUGCCUCUGAAUGAUAGCAAUGUGAUGGCCAUAGCGCACCGCCUGUUCCUCUUCACGAUCGAUGCCGCCAACUUCUCAGACAAGAUGGACAUCAUCUUUAUAGCAGAGAUGUUUGAAAAGUUUGGCAGAUUUGUGGAAAAGUAUAAGGAUCUGGGCGAAGUGAUGGUGAGCUUGGCCAGCAGCCUGAUGCUGGCCGACGACAGAGUGCUGUGGACGGCGCAGCGUGAAGCCUUGGCGUGUUCUCGCAUCGUUGCCUGCCUGCAGAGGAUCGCCGUCUUCCACCUAGCGACGGCGCAGGCCUUUUCCUUGACUUCCUCCAACAUUGCACUGGAGGCCCACACCAUCAGGGCCAGUGACUGGAACGGCAUGAGCUGCAUUUUGUUUCAGAUGCGUAAUUCCGAGCACACCCCCGCUCAGUUCAUGUUCAAGUGCAACACGCCAAGCUCUGCACAGAGCGUCAUUUACAAGAACACAGCAGUAGAUGCUUCGCUGCAACUUCCUCAGUACCUUUUUGCUCAGGCCGCACCGGCGGACGACACGGUCUACAGGCUCCACCUGCUGGCCUUUCGUAACGGCAAGUUUUUCCCCUCCACGGGCAACACCUCCAUGCUGGCUGAUGGAGGACGGAAGAGGAGUGUGGCCACCCCUGUUAUCAUGGCUAAACUAGAUGGCUCAUCUGCUCGUGCCCUGAAGAUCCCGGUUAAUGUCACCCUGCGACGGUUCGCACACGGCUCAGACGCUGUAUCUGCCUGUUGGAACAUGAGCCUGGAUGGAGGUCAGGGAGGGUGGAGGAGCGGGUGCUGCCGCAUUCUGGACCAGCAAGACAAUUUUACUGCUUUAUCCUGCAACUCUCUGGGCAACUAUGGUGUUCUUAUGGACCUGAACCGGGUGGAGACUUUCUCUCCAAGCAUUGAGCCUCUGCAUCCAGUCAUCUACGCCACAAGCGUCACCUUGCUGCUCUGCCUGGUCACUGUUAUUGUUAGCUACAUUUACCAUCACAGGUCUGUCCGAGUGAGCCGCAAGUCCUGGCACAUGUUGGUCAACCUCUGCUUCCACAUUUCACUCACCAGCGCCGUCUUUGUUGGCGGCAUCAAUCAGACGCGAUACGCAAGCGUCUGCCAAGCAGUGGGCAUUUUGCUGCACUACUCAACUCUUGCCACGGCUCUGUGGGUGGGCGUGACCGUACGCAACAUCUACAAGCAGGUGACACGCAAGGCCAAACGUUACGAAGAGCUGGACGAGCCGCCUCCCCCGCCAAGGCCGAUGCUCAGGUUCUACUUGAUCGGUGGAGGCAUACCCACCAUCGUUUGUGGGAUCACUGCAGCAGCUAACAUCAAGAACUAUGGCAGCCAGACAAACGCACCAUAUUGCUGGAUGGCGUGGGAACCGAGCAUCGGGGCGUUUUACGGGCCGGCAGGGUUCAUCCUCUUCGUGGACUGCAUGUACUUCCUCAGCAUCCUGCUCCAGCUGAGACGGCACCCCGAACGCUGCUACGAGCUGAAGGAGACGACUGAGGAACAGCACCACCUGGCUGCAGCCAGCAGCGAGGUCGGGCCGGACGGUCCCAGUAGCCACUGCCACCCCUUGACCCUGCAGCCGCAGCCUCAUGAGGGGUCCGGCUCCGCGGCGUCCGCUCCUCAUGCUGUGCCCCUCUCGGCCCUGGAGAAUGAGCACAGCUUCGCCACCCAGCUUAUGGGCGCGGUUGGAGCGUUGGGACUGUACGCGGCGCUCUGGGUGUUUGCUGCCAUGGCCGUGUCACAGAGUUACCCCUAUGACUUGGUUUUUACCUGCCUGUUUGGGGUGGCCGCUCUGGCUCUGGGGGCAUUCAUGGUGGCGCAUCACUGCGUCAACAGGCAGGACAUGAGGCGGCAUUGGUCACAGGCUUGUUGCCCAGGAAGGCGCACUUACUCCGCCCAGGAGGAUGUUCUUCUUCCUCUGCCAGGGGCGGCGAUGGCAUCCACCCCAGGAUCCGACACCAAAGCUGACGGGGUGUCAACGAAGUCUGGCCACAGCAACGCAGACUCCGCCGUUACGAACAAAAGCGCUCCGAGUGUGCGCAACUCCGCCCACGGCAGCAAGCUGACCAACCUGCACGCCGAGGCGGCCCAGUGCAAGUCUGCCUCGGCCCCGGCGGCCACCGGGGGGAACUUGGACAACAGCCUGACCGAGCAUUCGCUGGACAAUGAGAUCAAAAUGCACGUGGCGCCGGUCGAGGUGCAGUUCCGCCCCAUGAACAACAUCAACGGGCUCGCCGGGAGGCAUCAUAAAAACAGAACGCGGACGCACAGAGGGAGCAGACUGACGGUGCUGCGAGAGUACGCCUACGACGUGCCCACCAGUGUGGAGGGCAGCGUGCAGAGCGCCCCCCACAGGCGACACCACCACUACGAUUUGGCGGCACGGAACAGCCGACGGGCUGCCUACAUGGCCUACAGAGAGCAGCAUCAGAGCCAGCUGCAGCAGGACAGCAGCGACAGCGCCAGUCUGCCGCGCCGCUCCCGCCACUCCGACAAAGGAAAAGCUGCGCUCGGUAACGGGACGCUGGUGACCGUGGAGCCCGAACGGUCGGCUUCCGCCGGGCUGUCCAGCUCCGGUAAAGACUCCGGUCCGGUACGACGGACUGGCAGCACUGAGCUGCAAAGCCAAAACAAGUCAUACGGCCUUAACCUGGUCACUCCAAACGGCGGUGCGGUGAAAGCAAAGGAACAAGUGAUGCUUUUGAGUAACGGAGACGGUCCAGGAAGUCAGAAAAACUGCUUGUGGAAACAUGAAACUACUGUGUAGCAACAGUUUCCAUCCUCAGACUUUCACCUUUUACACUGUGAAACAUUACAAGAUUUUGUAUUCUUCCAUAAAGUCCUUUAAAGUUCUAAUAAGGAUCUUUGCGAGUCACUGAACUGUCCUUGUAGAUGGUUUUUUUAUUUUAUUUUUAUAACUUUUAAUCCUGUAUUCUUUUUUAAAAGGUCUGGGCAUGAAAUGCCCUCGUGCUUUUCACCUUUUGUGGUCUGGGCAACAAUAAAAAACACUUUUCAUUGAC